ACGGCGCCACCAUUUUUACAGCUUACAGCGCAUCAAAACGACGCGGUUCAGCUUCAGCCGCGAAGGAGUCCGGAGACAGCGGAGGGGUCCAUGCCCUCUACAUAACACGUUAAAUAAAGCUCCUCACAGUCGGUGCCUUCACCCACUCUCUAAUGGACCAUGGCCGCGUCACCACCCUCUAGGGUUCCGCAUUUUCUCCCUCUUUCUCCGGUAAUCUAGUGCCAUCAAGUUUUGGCAGCGAAAAUUAACAUGGGUCUAGAUAAUUUUACAACUCAGAAGAGAACUGGAGCUGGAAUCCCCACCACCAACGGCAGACCGGCCGGCGGCCGGCUUUCCGGCUUACCACGUGGCCGCCAGAUUCACAAGACCUUCAACAACAUCAAGAUCACAAUUCUCUGCGGAUUCGUCACCAUUCUCGUCCUCCGCGGCACCAUAGGCGUGGGCAACCUCGGCGGCUCUGGAGGUGAAGUCGAGAAUCAAAACCUAAUUGAAGAGACAAAUCGCAUUUUGGCUGAGAUCCGAUCCGACGGCGAUCCCACCGAUCCCGAUGACCCUGCGGAGUCUGAGAUCAAUCCCAACGUCACCUACACUCUCGGCCCCAAAAUUACGAAUUGGAAUGAGGAACGGAAGGUAUGGCUUGAUCGGAACCCUGAAUUCCCAAAUUUUGUGAAUGGUAAAGCUCGAAUCUUGCUCGUAACUGGUUCACCACCGAAUCCGUGUGAUAACCCAAUUGGGGAUCACUAUUUGCUGAAAUCAAUCAAGAACAAGAUUGAUUAUUGCAGGAUUCAUGGAAUUGAGAUAGUGUACAAUAUGGCUCAUCUUGAUAAGGAACUAGCUGGUUAUUGGGCAAAAUUGCCGUUGAUUCGGCGGUUAAUGUUAUCACAUCCCGAAGUGGAGUGGAUUUGGUGGAUGGACAGUGAUGCGUUGUUUACAGAUAUGGUUUUUGAGAUACCUCUGUCCAAGUAUGAUAAUUAUAAUUUGGUUGUACAUGGGUACCCUGAUUUGAUGUUUAAUCAGAAAUCUUGGAUUGCUUUGAAUACGGGUAGUUUUUUGUUUCGGAACUGUCAGUGGUCAUUGGAUUUGCUUGAUGCCUGGGCGCCAAUGGGACCAAAGGGUCCGAUAAGAGAUGAGGCAGGGAAGAUUUUGACAGCGAAUUUGAAGGGGAGGCCGGCAUUUGAGGCAGAUGAUCAGUCUGCAUUGAUAUACUUGUUGAUUUCAAAGAAGGAUGAGUGGAUGGAUAAGGUGUUUCUUGAGAACUCUUAUUAUUUACACGGGUAUUGGGCUGGAUUGGUAGAUCGCUACGAAGAGAUGAUUGAAAAGUACCAUCCAGGAUUAGGUGAUGAGAGGUGGCCAUUUGUGACCCAUUUUGUGGGUUGCAAGCCUUGUGGAAGCUAUGGGGAUUACCCUGUUGAGAGGUGUCUGCGCAGCAUGGAGAGGGCCUUCAAUUUUGCAGACAAUCAGGUGCUUAAGCUGUAUGGGUUUAGGCAUAGGGGCUUGUUGAGCCCUAAGAUCAAGAGGAUCAGGAACGAGACAGCUACUCCAUUGGAGUUCGUAGAUCAGUUUGAUAUACGGCGUCCAGAGCAUGGGGGACACAGCCUAUGAAAAACCAUUUUCAGUAGCAGCAUCCAGUGCACAGGAGCAGUGGACUGCUGAGUUUGUGAAUGAACCAUCUUCAAUGUGCUAAAAUGUGGAUAAUGCCAUUCUCAAUUAAACGGAUAUUUCAAUUUGAUAACAGUUUUAAGUAUAAUCUGUCGACUUGGUACUGCUGAUGAGAAGGCGGAGAUCGUAACUUUCUUUUCCACAGAGGACCACCCCCCAUAUUCACAAAACCCCAACCUUGACCCUGGUGGGAUUUGACUCAGGUCUCUGGUAUGGCUACUAGUUGUAGCACAAUUCCUUUAUCAACUUAGACUGUCUUCCUGCUAUGUUUAAAUUGAGUAAAUCAUGGGGUUGUCAUUCCUGUAAUACGAAGUCUUCAUACCACACCCACCCCACCACCCAGUUCUGCUCUCGGUCACUGUGAUAAUCAGAAUUCUUUAUUUUAUUUAAGAACCUAUGGGAAUUCUUUUA